AUGUUGUCCUCUCGCAUCUCUCGCGCUCUCCCCCGCGCCUCUUCCAUCGCUCGUCCCUCUACCUUCAGAGUCCCUACCACAUCCUUCCGGAGAUGGAACUCGACGGAAGGCGGCGAGGAGAAGGUGAAGGGCCAGGUCAUUGGUAUUGACUUGGGUACCACCAACUCUGCCGUUGCUGUUAUGGAGGGCAAGACCCCCAAGAUCAUUGAGAACACUGAGGGUAAGUGA